GCUGCGACUUGGCUUUGAGGCCGCUACCGCAUCAAAGAUGGACCCGCUGGGCCGCCCGGCACGCUUUUAUAUCUCUAGAUAGGCCUAGCCUCAAAGCGUGCGCUCUCACAGCGCGUGACGAGGCGCACAAGACAAAACUAGUUUGACCCAAGCCACGCGAGCGCCGCAGCGCAACAAAAACCAUGCGCGACGCCCUCCCGUCCCUGCGGACGCCGACGCUGCUGCGCCGGCGCACGGGCAGCGGCUUCGUCGCGACGACGCACUCGAGCGCGCUCGCCUUUUUAGGAGCUAUGAUCAUGAUCGCGGUCUUCGCCUGCAAUUUGAGGUUUUUCACGCGCGCCUUCAUGUCGUCCGUCCCGCGCGGCGUCUACCGGAGGCCGCGCAAGCCGAUGACGACGAACACGACAGCACCCGUGGUGGUGUCCUCGCGGCACUGCCGCUUUUUGCGCGACGCGACCCUCAAGAUGGUGCCGCCGGCCUGCGGCCGCUCGAAGAAGACCGUCUACUCGCGGAAAGUUCGAUUGCCUUUACUGGUUACUUCGCUGGGCGGAGCGGGCUCGUGGCACGCUUCUUUGAGGUUGCGUGACGCGGGCUUACGAGUGGAGCACGAGCGCCUCGGGAGGGAUGGCAGUGUGUGUUGGUUGUACGCCGUGCGCGACUCCACGCAAAGGCCGUACCCGGUGCCCCCCGCGGCGGCGGCCGUCCGCGACUUGGACGUGAGGUUUCGGAGGGUUUUGCAGAUCAUAAGGUGUCCCGUCGGCAACGUCGCGGCACUAUCGACGCAUAAGCGGUCUACCCUGGCUUUCGCCGCUCGAGCCUUAGCGCUGCCGCCGCCGCCCCCGGAGGACGCACCUACGGGAGCGACGCAGCUCGAGCGGUCCCUCUACCGCCUCACCCUGAGCGAGAAGGAGUCGAGGAGGAGAGAUCGGUGGCUGCUCUUUUUAUCGAACGUGUGGCUCGGCUGGAACGAGAGGAUCGAGCGCUUCGCGGACGCGAGGGCGCGCAUCGAGGACGAUUUGAGUGGGGCGGCGUUGUGUGAUUUGGUGGAACUGGCGCGCGACGACGAGAAGAGUGGGGAGAGGGUGUGUGUGUCGUCGACGGAAGCCUUCCAGGCCGGCCUUGAUACGGCCGGGACACUCGCGCGGGCCUGGUCGCACUGGAUCGCGAACCGCGGCAUCUUCGACCCGAAACGCUGUUUGAGAGGUGCGUGUGCUGAUGGUCCUAGGAUUCCCCACCACCGGCGGCACGCGAACGUGAGCUGGAGUGAUUUGGUCUCGGCGCUGCCUCCUCCAAAAUUGCGGGAGGUCGCGGCGGCGGCGGCGCGGUACGGGUACGGUCCGAACGGCGACUGUAAGGGGCGCGAGGAGGAGCCCGUGUAAGGUGUCUCGAGUGUU